UUUGUUCUUUCUACACUUUUUUGUUUCCUAAUGUGGUCUCGGUUCUUUGUUUUACCUUUUUGGCGGUGUUUUGCAGUACCAAUAGGGAAUGAGUUGCAGAUGCAGUUGAGAGGACGAGAGCUAAAUAUUGUUGUUCUAAGAUGAGGAGGAGAAGUGGCUUCUCUAUUGUUGAUUCAUGCUGCUUCAUGUAAGGACAAGACCGCUGCAUCUUCUCUUGCUUCAUCAUGUUAAACCAGUCCGGUCUCGAACUUUUGUUCCUAUGAAUCCAGUUUUAAGACGUCUUAUGUGUUAUGUUCCAGGAAGUCCUUGCUCAAUUUGCCUUCCCAACUUCCUUUCCUUGAUGCCUUUCUCAUCUGAAUCCUUAUAUUAGUAAAAUAGAUAGAAUUGUUGCACCACUGCUGUCAUGGAUUUGCUAACUUGAACAAUUUUAUCUUUUUUUACUUUCUUUAUUUUAUAAAUUGACCAGUUUAUAACUUUCUCUACUGUCAUCUCAUGUAGACUUUGUGGUUACCAU